AUGGUGGCAUUGAAUGGAUUUUAUUCGGAUGUCGUCUCUAGACCAUUUCUCGUUCUUCUGGUAUCAUUUUAUCCGAUUCUACAAAUAUUCAAUAGUUCCCUAUACAACUUAGCUAAGGAGGAGAUAGAGAAGCCUAAGACUCUAAGUCCACUAACGUACGGCUUGUACAGAUUUUUGACAACAUAUCGUGAUAAGUACACCGGUGUGUACGAACUAGCUAAUCUGAUGAAAACCCACAAUCCAGUCUUGCGCCAGAUGAUAUACCCAAAUGCGACACAGUAUGCGUGUGCGCUGAAAAUUUUCAAGGACACACGUUUACUUAAGGUUUGUAAAUUAAGAGUUGUGUGCGUGCUCAACAAAAGUGCUCCGGACAACUAUGAAAUAGAAAGAAACGCAUGCGAGAAAGGAGGAGAUUGCACCUAUCUAAAACCUGCGAAUUGUGUAAAUCCCUUGUGCUACGCUGACCUACAAGGGACGUCGGAUUAA